AUGGCUGGCCCAAGAUUUAACGACCCGGUCUAUGGCAGCAACGUUGUGACAGGGAUCAGCGCGACAGGUAACGCCCAUCAAACCUUCAACUUCAAUCAGCAUUUUGAGUCGAAACCGUUCUUUUUGUUUCCAUAUGAGAAGAAUGAAGAAUUUGUUCCGCGAACUGAGAUAACAUCAAAACUUGAGGAACUUCUGCCCAAGGCUUCCGAUGACUUUCGCAGCGCAGCUCUUUGGGGUCUUGGAGGAUCUGGCAAGACGCAAAUCGCGCUGGAUUUCGCCUAUAAUCGCUACAGCAAGAGGAAAUGUUCUGUCUUUUGGGUUCAUGCGGACAGCGAGGCCACCUUUGUACGAGAUUAUGGCUCAAUUGCAAGUGUGCUGGGCAUAAACACUCAAGGUUCUCAGCAUGAGCUUCUACAAAAUAUACGGCAUAAGGUUGAGUCGUUGCCUAGAUGGCUGCUCAUAAUCGACAAUGCCGAUGACCUGUCCCUUUUUGGCGUCGGCUCAACAGUAAGAAACAUCAGCAAGAUCAUGGAUUACAUCCCCAAAGGCCCAAAUGGCACUAUCUUAUGGAUCAGUCGCGAUGAAGCAAUUGUUGGAAGUCUUGUCGGCGUACGGAGAGGUAUAGCUGUUUCGAUGAUGACUUCAGAAGAAAGCAAGGCAUUACUUGAGUCGACAAUGCCUCAAUCGAUAAGUGAUGACGAGCUAGAUGAUACUGUUUUGUUGCUUGAGGAGCUGCAGUUCCUGCCACUUGCUAUUUCACAAGCUGGUACAUACAUGCAAAGAACAGAGACGUCUGUCAACCAAUAUCUUGACGGCUUCAAGUUUGAAAAAACGCGCUGGAACAUGCUGAAAGAACCCGAGUUUGACAGGCAAAGGUUACACAACAAUUCCAACAGCAUCCUUGAAACUUGGAGUCCUUCGAUUCAUCAGAUUCGCCAAGAGAACGAGCUGGCAUACAAAAUUCUACACAUCCUUGUGUACGUGGAUAAGGAAAAUAUCACUGAGCGACUGGUGGAUGCUGCUGCCACGCAUAGAGAAACAAAACAGAACGAAGUCAUAUUUGAGAGUAAGAAGAGAGAAGCGAUACGACGACUCAAGAACUUCUCUUUCCUCAAAGAGCACCGCCUUGGCGAUAAUGAACGCACUUAUGAGAUACACAAGCUUGUGAAAGAUGCCAUACGGCACAAUCCAAGGAAAGAAAGCGUUUUAGAUGGACAUGCGAACAAAACGAAGAAAGACUCCCGUCGAUUGGGAGCAUGUAUUGAGAGACGGUUUAGAAAUAAUGGAAGCAGCAAAGGAGUAGUGAGACAGGGAGAGGAGUACUUUGCCAGCGCAGCAGCCGCUGUUGUCACAAGCGCUUAUCCCCACAAGACUCAUCUCAAACCAGCGGAAGCACUCUGA